AUGAGCAACCCUAACCCUGACAACUCUGAGAGGAGAAAGAAUGCUUCAUUACAACCUACCACAACUACACCUGCAUUCUCUGCCAUGGCCACUGCUUCUAGCAACAUUACAAGUCUUGGGCGUCAAAGGCCAGAAGUAUACAUCGAGCCUCACAUAAAAACAUAUAUUGAUGA